AUGGCUAUUUUUGCGUAUAUUAUUAUUAUUCUUGCAGCUACUCUUAGUGUGGUGAAUGCUGCACUAGUAUCAGGCAAAUGGUUCGAUCGUAUCUUUGUGGUGUUUUUUGAAAACACAAACUAUACGGACGCAAUAGCGAGCCCGUAUUUCAAGAGUUUGGUAGAAAAAAACAACAGCGUUUUGAUGUCAAAUUAUUUCGGCGUCGCACAUCCAUCUCAGCCAAACUACAUAGCAAGUAUUUAUGGUGAUACUGCUGGCAUUACAGAUGAUGAACUUUAUGACAUUGAUGGAAUCAACUUGGUGGAUCUGUUAGAAGCCAAGGGAGUCAGCUGGAAGGGUUACUUUCAACAAUAUC